UAAUUCAGACUUGGGGCAGGUUCUGUGAGCAUGCCCUGAGCUGCUGUCUCGCACAGUUUGCCUAUUGUGUGCAUCUGUAAUAUCAGUUACUGGCAGAGCAGCUGAACAGAAGUAACUCAACUCCUUCAUCAGAGGCCAAGUUCGUCUCUAUCCUCAAAGGCAGAGCUAUGUUGUUUCUUCUCAGUGGCUUUGCCAGAAUGCUAAAUAUGUGUUAGUCCAGUGUAUUUAGAAAGGUGUACCUGUCAUUACAUUUGCAAAUAGAGUAUGCACAGUAAUGAAUUCACAGAUGGCAAUGCAGUCUCCACACCUUAAGUCCCCAUAUAGAUACAGCAUUUCUGGUUACACCCUGAAACAGCCCUGUGUAUCCACUUCCCUCGGGUAAAGCUUGUGUAAACAACUGGAGUUCCUAUUUUGCCCUUGAAGGUCAGUAAAUAUGGGAGCUGAUUUCGGGGAAGCUGAUCUCAAAACCCUCCCUGGUGCACACACUUCACAAAUGCUAGUUUUCAAAGCACUCACAGUGGUCCCAGGGGAGUGUUGCAUAUAAUAGUGCUCCUUAUUGACAAUUUGGAGACUGUCUGCUGCAUUGAUUGUUAGAAUUUUGUAAGGUGAGUGUACAUUCUUAAAUUAAUUUUUUUUUUCUUUUCUGAGGUCAGUACAAACUGGCAUUAGGAUAUUAACUAGUGCUGUCAGCCUUACCUUAUUCUCCUGUUAUAGAACCAGUGCUGAUGAAAGGAUGCUUUUGUCAGGGUACUCUUUUGGCUUAAAAUUCCUCUGUCUGUCAUCCAGUCUCUGUGAAGAGGUUGUUACACUGGGUUACGUGUCAAGAAAUAAGGGUUACUGGGUUACAAACCAAGAAUAAGCCUUAUUCAGGCUCACGAGUGAAGAACUUUUCAACAGGUCAUUUAAACUCUCUGUAGAGAGAUUCCUCUGUAGAUCGGUUCCUCCGGUUUGGAAUGAUAUAGUUGUGAUCGCCACCUUUUUUCUAUGUUUUGAGAUCUGAAUGGAAGGUACUUGAGGUGUCUUAGCAAAACAGUUGUUUCAAUUGUUUGCUCUGUUGCAGAUUUCCAAGGAAGUUUCAGGGAAGAGUGUUUAGCAAAGCUAACUUCACAUCCCGUUGAGAAAGACAGCUUUUCUGCCUGGCUGCUACUUUGUGACAUGUUAAAAAAACCUCCAAAACUCUUUAGAAAAAGAGGCUGAAUUGUGUUCCCUGACAUAUAUGGGUGCAGCAAAGAAACGUGAAUCCUGAAGGAUUGCUGUUUCAAAAAAGUCAAAUAGCAGGGAGAGAGAAGAGAAAAUUACUAGUUUUCCCAAGGACAGGUGUUGCUUAGUGUUGCAACACCUUGAUCCUACUGUCACCUCAGUAUUAUCAGUAUUACGUUCAUGACAGCACACAGCUCUGCAUGUGUAGCUUUGAGUGCAGAAUUGGUGCCUGCAUAGCAAAGGGUCAGCUUCCCUCCUAUCUGUGCUGCUCAUCAGUACAAUGGGAAAAAUUAGUACUUGUGGGCAUGAUCUGAAACCUUGGAGAAAAAUCAGAAGAAUCCCACUGAGCACAGGGGAGCUAAAAAUGUACUUGGCGUGAAUAGAAAAGGAGUUGGCAAGCACUGUUUCCACUUAGCAAGAUAUUUGAUACCAGCCACUGAUCUAGAAGCUUGGGUGGCAAUAUUAGUUGAAGUGACUGCAGCUUGUCUGGUGUUUGGAAAGGAACUCUCAGCUAUUCUGAAUAUUGACCUCACGAACAGUCUUAAUGCCCUUUAUUGUUAAAAUAGACACAGAUCUGCCAAAAACGUUUUCAGUGCUGCACAGAAUUUACUAUCUACAGUUUGAAGAAUAACUGGUUUUUUUCCACUCUGUGAUACAGUUGUGUAUUGGCCUGGCAAAGACAAUGAACUUUGCCUCUAGACAUUUACCUCUGAAAGACAAGAAGGGUGGCAGAUUAGAAUAAAUGAGGGAAGGAGAGAGAAUUAAAAAUAAAUGAUUCUUAUUGUUUGAGACAGCUUCUACGUGGGAAGAAAAAAAAAAGGUCCAUGUGGUAUUUCUUUGUUUAUUUAUCUUGUAGUGAACUAUUACUGUGGGAGUAGAUAAUGGUAAUGAAAUGGCUUCCUUUAAGAAGAUCCUGAGUAGAUAGACUUUUCAGCUUGGAAUGAGAUGUCUUCAGGGGAAGUGAUAGAAAUGCAUGAAAUCAUGAAUGCUAUAAAGAAUGGUUGCUACAAGAAGGGUCAGGUUACAUCCUGUGAAACUUUUAGACACUAAAUGUAAAGAAAACAAAAGAGCCUACUUUCACACAGUGUAGAUGAAUGUUUUAAUUCACUGCCAAGGGUGCUGUAGGUAUCCUAGUAGUUAGGCAGUUCAUAGAGGAUGGGUCCACAGAGGUGGGUUGUUUGGAUCCAGUUUCUGGCCCGGAAUCCUUAAACCUGUUAUUCCUGGAGACAGGACUACCAGAAUGAUUUUACGCAUGCCCUGUUACUUACAUUCUCCCCUUCUGGAAGCUGCUCAGAUCAGAGUACUGCUCAGGGGCUGUUCCAUAAUCUGGUAUUCAGUUACUCGCUGACAUUCAGUUGAACUCUUGAAUACUAUUUUGUGGGAUUUCCUAAGAAAAAUGUUUUUUAGGAUUCUUCUCAGGAAGUCUGUAAUCUCUGACUGUUGAUGUGGUCCUCUUCCAGUUUUGAGUGUUCUCUCUCUAGUACUCGCUAUCAUUACAGGCUGUCGCAGUUGCACUAGAGACUGUUCUGGGCUGGCUGGCUAUGCAGUAAUUGCAAUGCACACUUUACUGUCUCUGCAUAAUAAGCUUAUUUCUGGAAAGCAAAAGAAAUGUUAUGGUAGAUCAUCUGCUGAUUCUUUAAGUCAUUUUCUAAUGUUUUCACUCACAAAUAAGGAAACUGUAGGCAUGUCUCAGAGCCCGGAGUUACUAGGAUGUUGAGUGCCUGCAGGGCUUUGGAGAAAGCCAUGGCAUCUGGGGUAGGCAAAUGCAGGAAGAGGGCUGGAGGGGUAAUGGGCAGCCAGGGCUUUGAGGAGGCAAGAAAAUGCUGCCAAGCAUGUGGACCAUGUUUUCUGUAUCUUUACUUGAAUUACUUCAAAAUCUCAUGCUUUAUAAACCAUCCCAUAGAUGUUCUGCCUUCUGAAGGCAUCAGAAGCAAAGGGACAAAGUGAUGAAAGUACUGAGGAAGCUGAUGAGUCAGGGAGAGCAGGUGUAGAGCUGCUACUCCCCAAAGUACUUACAAGAUUUAUGCUUCAUCAUAUACAUCAGGUAUGUAUGUGAGACAAUUGUAAUCUUUCCAGUGAUGCCUAAAUUAAAAACUGUACUGCUCCUGUAAAAAUAAUUAUUUCUGUAUCACAUGUGCACAGCUACUAAUCACCAUCCCUGCCCAUUCAUUUCCCUACUGUCCUAUUCCUACAGGCUGUCAUCUGCAUUUACUUCGCUGCUUUGGGUGUAUGCUUUCUUGAGUGGCCACCCUUGGCUUUUGUGUUUUUGCAGAUGUUGCAGUUCAGAGAGGUGAAAGAUUCAGUAAUACAUAAAUGGUAUUUCAUUUGUGAGUAGGAAUAUGGCAUGCAGAGUCACUGGGGUAGGAUGGGAAAAUAAAAUUUACAUUUCUGUGUUUGAAGUCAAGCUUGACAUGAUGUGCCUUUUUGACCAGACAUGUCUUUCUGGCCUAGUCUGUUCUGAAUUUAUAUUUCUCAAUAUCACAGACAUAAUCCCAGGUAUUCUAUGAACCAGUCUUUUUCUUCUUUAAUGUGCUGAAUUUGUGUAGGAUGUCCAUCUUUUUAUCCUCUGUUCAGACCUGAGAAGAGAGGGCAUUGAAAUCCCUCUUCACCAGCUAGUAAAUGCCUGUUGUUGCCUUGCUGCUUGCAUUGGAGCUUGAAGGUGGUUUUGCUCAGACACUUGCAGUUCUCGAUGGCUUGUUAACCAGUGCAGGGACUCCUCCUGUGUGGUCAUUGUCCUCUGCUUGGUCCCCUGAGAUACACUUUAUACUGCUGUUCAGUCGGCAGGGGAAAUUAAGGCUUCAGAAAUGGUAUACGACGCUACCUGAUAAAGAGAAGAAAAAGAUCAUUCGAGAAAUUGUUCAGAUUAUUUUAUCUCGCAAUCAAAAAACAAGUAGUUUUGUUGACUGGAAAGACCUCAAGCUUGUUUACAAAAGGUAUGCUAGUUUGUAUUUCUGUUGUGCAAUAGAAGACCAGGAUAACGAACUCCUGACACUAGAGGUCGUUCAUCGAUACGUAGAGCUUCUGGACAGAUACUUUGGAAAUGUGUGCGAGCUGGAUAUUAUCUUUAAUUUUGAAAAAGCUUAUUUUAUUCUUGAUGAGUUUAUAAUUGGUGGAGAAGUACAAGAAACUUCAAAGAGGUCUGCAGUGAAAGCCAUAGAAGACUCUGACAUGUUGCAGGAGACAGUGGAAGAGUACAUGAACAAGCCUGCAUUUUAACGUUAAAACUACCUGGAGAGAGAACUGCUGUAUGCACCUGUAAAAUGCGCUUCCUGAAAUUGCUUCCCAAUGUGCCAGAUCCUCAGAGAGAUACCAAAAACCAAUAACUAAAGGGGUUUGUUUGUAUAAUGGUGAAGAUGAAGGUCAGCUAAUGUAGCACAGGGUUUAACAAUUCUGUACUAGCAUUACUCUGCAUAUGAGUUUCUCAGAGUUGUUAUUACCCUUGAUCAAGUUUCUCUCCUUGCUGGACUAAACACUUGUUUUGUACCAUGUCUUUUAGCUACGGGUUUUGUCAUCAUAAAAUGUUACUCUAACAGUACUUUGAAGAGGUAUUUUUACUAGUUUUGGUCCACUGCUGACCGUAUGACUCUACUUUUGUACAAAUGUCCAUUAUUUUUAAUGUAAUGAUUAUUCUGCUCUAAUAAUAAUCUUUUUUCUAAAAGCCAAAUUUUUGUGGGCCCUGAUUUCACAAGGUUGUUUUCUUGAAAAGAUUAACCCAGCUAGUAUAGGAAGAAAUAUGCUCCUCUUGGACCAGCCCCUUUCUUUUACUAUCUUCCUCCUAUUUUCUGCUCUGGUCUGCUAAUAAAACUGCUCCAAGUGCUACUAGAGCACACUCCACACCUCCAUUUAAUCUGGAAGACUGUUCUGACUCAAGGUAGACUUCUCCCAGGUUUAAUGAAUCCUUUUUGCUGCUGCAUAGGGAUGGCCUGUUUCUGUCUUUCUCCUCAUUUUCCUAUCCCCUUCCUAGAUCCUGGAUAAAAGCUUCAAGGAAGUGUGCAGCUUGAGAGCAGGAGAUAUCCUAAGGAGAGGAAAUUAAUCUUUAGGAUUUUGGGGUGAAGAUCAUCUUGUAUAUCUUUUGGUAUCCACCAAUAACUGCCUUUCCCAGUAGAGUUUUCCAGUCCCAAAUUCACACAUCUAUUGGAAUGAUCAGCUUCCUGGUAGUUGAACAUGGCCUAUUUUUGUGGAAAUUGGACAAUUUAACCUUUAUAACUUUGCAAGCUGCACAAAGGGGAAAAGGGUGAAAUAGUAGAAGAAAGAAGAAGAAUCAGUUGGGCUGUGCAUCUUACUAUGUGUCAUAAAACACUGUAGCUGUGUGGGGAGCAAGGUGUGUUAGCUUGCCUGUCUUUCUUGUCAGAGCAAUUUGGACUCUAUAAACUGAUUGAACUGGCUUCCUUAGAUUAUUUACUCUUUUAACAGAAUUCAGAGCUCAGAGAAAUUAUCUUUAUCUUAGCCCAUAACUCAUAGCUAGAUGUUUUGUGUCUGUCAAAUCAUGACAUUAUCGUAUACAAAAAAUUAGGUAAGUUAUCAGACAAAUAUGCCAGAAUGAUCUGAACGUUCAUUCGCAUUUCCCUUCAACAUAUAUUUUCUUUGAUUUCUGGAAUGUACAGCCAGUAUUUUCCUUCAGGGAUUUUUCUAAUCUUUAAAUGCCUGCAUGCCUAGUGUUUUUUUCAUUGCUCCUUCUUUCCCAGUCUGUUUUUAUCUCCCUGGGGAGGGAUUUGGGUUUGGGUUUUUUUUUUUUUGGAGGGUGGGAGCACUUUGACACAACAUGACAACUUUGCUAAUUGUCAACCCACUUUUCUGCUUGUGUUAUCUAGUCUGUUAGUAAAACUGUGACAAGCUGGUUCAUAGCGUCAUGCUGCUCUUUUUAUAAUUACUUUAUCCAUCUGUUUUCUCUGUAUUGAUGUCAAAGGCAUACUUUAAGCAUUGGAAAAAUAGUGAAAUUGCUGAAGGGCUUUUAAUAGCUCUGAAGACGU